AUGGAUUUCCCAAACAAGCCAAGGCCUAAAUCUGCUCCAGUGAUAACGAAUGCUUACGUCCAAAACAGAAGAGAGGAGGAAUGUCUGUACGUGAAGCUGAAUGGCAUGCAUUGCCAGCACCAUGCCGACAUGAUGCGUUGGAGGCAAGCUGUAGACCACAUGGUACGAAAACGUCAAAAUCUGCUGCUCCAAAGGGCUAUUACCCCUCAAUCAACACUGGAGCGUGUCAUGGAUGAAAUUCAAACUCUCAAGAAAUGCAGGAGCAGCCCUAAGAGUGCAAAGGUCAAUCUACCUCUAAGUACGGAGGUGGGUGUUGAUCUGGGUUCAUAUUCAAAAUGGGUUUCCUCUUCAUCUUCUCAGAAUCUUCACAAUGUGCCAAGUUAUGACGACGAAGCUCGAUGUGGAGGAACCAAGGCAUCAGGCUCUACUAGAAGUGACAGAACAUUUCCUGCUAUGCAUGGUCCACAAAUAAAACCUCAUGAAAUCAUGUCAAAAAUUCCAGAAACUUCUGAAAGGAAAGUUGAGAAGAAACAAAGGCCUCUGUCAACACUGCAAAGGAAGCCGGACAGUAUCGAAUCCCUGACAUACAAGGACCUGGGUGGGAUUGCUCGACUAGAGAAUAUUUCCAUGAGGGAAACAGAGAGGCAGAAGCAAAUAAAACUCUUGGAAAGGGAGCAAAUAAGCAAAACACACGACACUGUUUUACAGCAGAAGGUUGACACUUUCCUUAAAAAAUUCGAAUAG